AUGUCCCCAUACAGGUUAGUUUUUGGUAAGCCUUGCCACCUCCCGGUGGAAUAUGAACACAAAGCAUUUUGGGCGCUCAAGCGGUGUAAUAUGGACCUUAUGGAGGCCGGAGGAAAUAGAAAACUCCAAUUACAAGAGUUGGAGGAGCUAAGGAAUGAAGCCUAUGAGAAUGCAGCAAUUUAUAAGGAGAAAAAUAAAGUCUUUCAUGAUCAACAAGUCUCGAGGAAGUCGUUUGUCGUUGGGCAAAAAGUCCUACUUUAUCACUCGAGGCUUAAGCUUUUUCCUGUGGAAAUCCAAAGUCUCAAGACGGAGAAAAAGUUCGUAGUCAACGGUCAUCGUUUAAAGCCUUAUUAUGAAGGGUUUAAUAGCGAGCACGUGGAGGUUCUAUUCCUUGAUGAUCCAAGUGGUGAAGUCUAG